AUGGCUAAGGGCGAUAGGGUUCGAGCCCUCCCCGCGUUUCGCGCUCUCCGCCCUCCCGUACGGCGGCGCACCCCCCUCCCCCCCCUCGCUCCGAUUUUUCCCUCCCCGUGUUUCGCGCUCUCCGCCCUCCCGUACGGCGGCGCACCCCCCUCCCCACCACCCCCCUCGCUCCGAUUUUUCCUUGUCCGUACGGCGUGGCGUUACCGUCCCCCGCUCACCCUCCGUCCUCUCCUCCUUCGUUUCGUAGCCGCGACGUCAACGCUCUCCUCCCUCGGGAACACCGUCGCAUCCUCCGGUACGACGCGGCGUUGCUCCCCUCGCCGUCCUUUCGUCCUCUCCGCCUUCGUGGUGACGCCUCUCCGCCUUCGAUCGCCAUGUUGCCUGUCCCGUCCGAUAGCUCUCCGCCUUCUCUCGCCCUGUUGCCUGUCCCGUCCGACAUCCCGUCUGCCUUCUCCCGUACUCUCCGCCUUCUCUUGCCCUGUUGCCUGUCCCGUCCGCCAUCCCGUCUGGGAGGUGGCGUUGUGCCGUCGGUCGUGUGGGCCGCGACUUUUCCUCCACCGCACCUUCUCAGCUGUACAGCCCGGCGUGGCUUCUUCCUACGGUCGGAGAGUGUAUGGAAGUGCCUUCCGCGUUUUGCGCGAGCGCAGGCGGGGGCGGACGGGCGGGCGAGCGCGCGGCGCGCCGACGCAGGCGCGAGUAGAACGGGCCGGCGAGCGGAGGCCGCUGGGCGAGGCGCCUGGGCGGGCGGGCCAGCGUGGGCCGGCGCAGACGCGAGCCGGCGCGGAGUUGUGUUGCCCGACUUCUCCUCCCAUACCCCUCCCCUACAUGGCAGAGAUCCUUUGUAAGCUUAUUGAGGAUUGUGCUGGGCUCAAAGGAUAUGGCUCAGAGAUUGUUCUCGAUCUGUUUUCUGGAACUGGGACCAUUGGUUUGACCCCUGCACAAAAGGUAAGGCAUGUUUACGGUUACGAAGUGGUGGUUGAAGCUAUCUCAGAUGCUCAAAGAAAUGAUGAGCUGAAUGGCAUACAUAAUGCCACAUUGUUCAAGAAGAUCUUAAUAAAAUUAAUGACUCUUUUGGGAAUGAUUUUCCAAGCUCUGACAUCGUCAUUUCAGGCUUAUUCGAAGCCAGCAGCGGUUUGGACGGCCUGUUCAGAGGCAACCACCUCCUGGUUGGAUGCACGCAUUGGACCGAUUAACUGAUGCCAGCCGCAGGUUGGACGCCCUGUUUAGAGGCAAUCACUUGCUGAUCUUUGUUCGGUAAUAAUUUUUUUUUAUUGAUCCUGUUUCAUCA